CGUGUGUUUGCUAAAAGGAAGAUUUACGUUGUACAUCUUCAUUUUCUACCUGUUUGUUUUCACUGCUUGUUCAGAGACCACGUGUGUAAUUAAUGAAUCUUGACAAAGCUUCCUAGGAAUCGCUAUAAAGGAAACGAAAUAUAAUCAUUAAUUUACUACUGUGUGAUAUUAUAUGACAUCUGCUGCAGGUAAAAAUGGCACUGGCCGUUGAUCUGACGAUACAAUAAUAAUGGCUAGUGAGGAUUUAAUACCGAAAACAUCUAAGGAUGACACAAAAUCGACAAAAUCGAGAAAAUGUUGUGUCUGGAUAUGCCAAAUCACAUCGGAAGCAUUCCUUGAGGAAGAAGAUUUACUUCAUUAUAUUGGACGAAUUGAAUCAACUGUUAGCAAAUCAGCUAUUGGUGCAGUCUUAUUAAUUCUCAGUUAUGCUCUAUCGAUUAUGUCUCUUGCCAUUGGUUUUAUACGCAUAGGUACUUGUCAAUGCCAACCAGUUUUGCCGAUAUUUCUUAUCGUACAUGGCUCUGCGAUGUGUAUUCGUAGUUUAUUUGAAACUGGAAAAUUAUGUACACAAACAAAGCGGGACGAUUCUUCUACUGAAUGUUCUCCACUGCAAACAUUAAGCAAGAUAUCGGGUGUCCUUGUUGCUUUCUGGACCAUAACAGGAUCAGUAUGGGUGUUUAGCAUCGUAAGAGAGGUGAAUGUGAUUGAAACGAACAAUAUGAACUACUGUGAUCCAAUGCUUUACUGGUACUCCUUAGUACUGGUUUCCGUUAUUUUAACAGGACUGAUUCUGAAAGCAAUAUUUUUAUUGGUCAUCAGUUUAGUAUAUUGUAGAUACGAAGAUAGGUCAUGGUACUCCGAACUAAUGGCUGACAAUUUGGGUGCGUUUGUGUAACUUCAUUCUUGAAAUAUAGUAUCAUGUGUAUAUAUAUUUAUAUUUAUUAAUUUAUUUGUCAUGAAUACUGAUAAGUAUACUAAAACAAUCAAGGUUUACUAAAAUGAAUAAAUCCAGUCGUACCAAUCAAAAGCCAUAAGCAUAUGUUUGCUCGUCAGUGAUUUUGGAUUUCCUUCCUUAAUUCUUUCGAUGACAAUAUCAUUUCUACAGAUGUCAAGUAAAUAAUCUAAUUCUCGAUCAAAAGACGAUAAUUGUUGACUUCAUCUAAAGAGGGAAUGUUUUAUUACAUUACAACUUAUAUGGUACACACAUUGUCAUGAAUUGUUGGCAGUAACAUUUCAGUCAGUAAAAUGUCAAGUGAUGUGUGGCAUUUAGCGUGAUGAAUAAAAU